AUGAGCCACCCGCCUCGUUCAAACCGGGGUCACCGGGACAGAAACGAAGACUACCGAGAGAGGAACGAAGAUUACCGAGAGAGGAACGGAGAUUACCGAGAGAGGAACGAAGACCACCGAGAGAGGAACGGAGACCACCGAGAGAGGAACGGAGAUUACCGAGAGAGGAACGGAGAUUACCGAGAGAGGAACGGAGAUACCCGAUCUCACCGAGAUGACAGACCGUCGUCUUCCGACAGGUCCUCCUCUCGACCCCCAUACUACCCCAGGGAAGAGGAGCCCCCUCCCAAACGUGGCCGGGAAGCCCCUCAGACCGAGAACCAUGGCUCCACGUGCACAAACAUAUGUUCCAGGAGAGGCAUCGUGCUGAUCUGCGCCGUCCUGACCAACGCGCUGGUGCUGAUCUGCGUGGUGGCCGCUCAGAUGGUCAUGUCGGGCAUGACCUCCAUGGGGGGGCUGGGGGGCUUCAACAUCAACAGCAACCUGAACCUGCAGGGCACGGAGCUGCAGCAGGCCCGGGACCUGGACAUGCAGUACAGCCAGAUGAGGGCGCCGGGCAUCUACGGCGGCCUCGCCUUCAGCCUGACCUUCGGCGUGCUGUCCCUGCUGUUCGUGGUGGCGGGGAACAAGCCCCCCCACCUGAUGUCGCAGAAGCUGCUGCUGGGGGCGCUGGCGUUCCAGGCGCUGGGCGCGCCGGCCUACGUGGUCGCCGUGGGCCUCUACCUGCACUUCGUCAUCAGCGUCAACGCCACCGACGUGUGCCAGCGCCGCCAGAGGAUCUACGCCCGCAACGGCUACACCUGGAUGAACUGCGACGUGGGCGGGGCCGACGCCGCCGUGGCGCUGUUCGGCCUCAUAACCGCCAUCCUGUACACCGCCGGCGCCGUGCUCACCUUCCAGACCGUCAGGCGCGUGCGCCGCUACCUGCAGGAGCGGAGGAGGCGCCACGCCGAGAAGCAGCGGGCACGCAGCGCCCCGCAGAGCACGCCGCAGAGGGCCCCGCUCAGGCCCGAUACCACCUCUGUGUGAGGGGGGCCGGGCCGGGCUCUUCCACGCAGACUGUUAAAGAAAAGGUUACUCGAGGUCAGAGUGGAUUCUCCACUCAUAGAAUCCAGGAUGCAAUUGGACCAGCGACCAUAAAGAGGACAGUUUUUACUGACGCAGAUGUAACUAUGAGGCUCUUUUCCUUUAUAUUGAUAAGAAUGAUCAAAGUUUCUGGUCAGAAUUGAACAGGAGACACUGGGUUAGGGGGAGGACUACAGCUGUCUGUACCGAUCGAUCCUGAGUUUUAGAAGGAAUUAGCUCAGGAUGUCAUUCCCCUUUGUGCAGAUUCCCUUUCUCUGUUUGGGGUUGAAACCCUGUUUUAAUCAAGCUGAAUGACACUUUAAUUUUAUUCCAUUUCUCUCAUGAAUUAUAGUAAUUUGAUGUUUUUAACAUUGAAAACUGUUUUUAUAUCUGACGCUAUAAUGAAACUUUUUAUCAGAAUGAAUAAAAACUCGGGAAUUUAAUUUAAAUUGUCCUUUUUUAUGCAUUACUCUCCUCCCCCCAGCCACCAGGGGUUCCUGUCCCACAAUGGACUAACUCAGUUGUGAUGUAACGAACCAAAGUAUUUCUCCAUCCAGCGAUGUUACACGUCCUCUGAAUUCACAGACAAGGCAGCGACUGUUUUCUUGGAGGCUAAAGAGGGCAGAAUCUGCUCCAGAUGGCUUUAAACGGUGGGUAGAGACCCACUGUAGGAGCCACUGUGAGUGGCUGGUGUCCUCUGAUGGACAGGGCUGCCUGCCGUCCACCUGUGGUCCCUGGGAGAGGCUCCCACUUUAAAUUAAGCACAUACAGACAACCAGGUCUGUUUUCUCUCUUUAGACCUCUCUUACACAUAACUGAAUCUCUCAUUGCAUGUAUUUUAGUGAAAACCUUGAUUUUAUGUUUGUCCAACCUCUGC